AUGCAUUCCCACCCACAAACGUCAGGAACCUCUGAGAACAAUGAUCAUGUGCCAUCGAUAUUAUCUAGCCAAGAGAAAGUGGAUUUCCUAAGAAAAUGUUGCGCGUCACCAAUUCUUCGUUUUAUUCUGCAUCUGUUAUCGGAUCGACGUCAGGAAUCACUGUGUUCGUGGUACGGUGGGCCGUUUGGUGUGAAGAUAUGGAACACACGCAAAUUUACCGAGUCGUACAAUGCUGCCAUGGGAACAAAGAUGAACUUCACGAAUAUUUCAAGAGCACUACAGGCCUGUGAACAUAUAACUAUGGCGGCAGUUCGGCUGUGGAAACGAUUGAAACAGGGCGAAUAUUCGUUCUUCCCAACUACACCGGUCAUGGAACAGUCCACCCCUGCUCACUACUACGAUCGAGUGUCCUACCGUACACCUCCAUGUUCUGGAAGUCGAAACACUGUCGAGAAAAGGAAGCAGACUGUGCACGAAGAUUGUCGAAAAUUGAACAACUUUGAUGAGUUGGCCGAAUGGCAAAAAUGGAACACGGAAUCGUUUGCUGAGAUAAAU